AGACGGCGGGGUUUGAAGGGAAGACGCGUUGGAUCACUGUAGAAUCCCAGGUUAUCGAGUGGUGUGCUAUAUCGUUCGAGUUGCCUCCUCAGUUAGGAUAUGAUACCACACCUUUUUAGGGCCUCAAAAUCAACCAGUCAACGACGAUGGUCUACCGGUAUGAUACUCGAGUACGGUACCGGUAAUUUAUCACUUCUAAAUUAUUCGAGUAUCCUUGUCUUGAUGUUUACCCACCCAGCUCCAACUACCCAACUCAACUCUCCACAACUCCUGCCUGCCCCGCCGCCAUCACGAGAUCCGUCAGUACUUCAAAACAAAGCUUCACUCUACAUUACCCAUAUACCACCAAUAACUAGACUUCACGGGCAAAUAAAGAAAUAAAAUGGCCGAUGUCGACAUGAAGGAUGCUAAGGUCAUCUCCAAAGGAGAAUCAUCCGAGCCUACCAAGAAGCCCAGAUUCGAGGUCAAGAAAUGGAAUGCAGUAGCACUAUGGUCUUGGGAUAUCGUUGUCGAAAACUGUGCCAUCUGCCGUAACCACAUUAUGGAUCUCUGCAUCGAAUGCCAGGCAAAUCAGGCUAGCGCAGUGAGUGAAGAAUGUACUGUUGCCUGGGGUAUCUGCAACCAUGCCUUUCACUUCCAUUGUAUCUCGCGUUGGCUAAAAACCCGCCAAGUCUGCCCUCUCGAUAACCGAGAUUGGGAGUUCCAGAAGUACGGAAAAUAGUGGCUGCUCUCCUUCUUUUACCGAUCAAUGUCGUUUCUUAUCUCAUGUUUUUUUUUGUUUUUGCGGCGUUAUUGAUGGCCAGCUGGGAAAUUGUUGUGUAAUACUGGCUCACGCAUUCUACAAUUAGAGCGGUGAUCUACAUUCCAGGUACGAAUAAAAACGGGUGCAGAAGCUCAGUAUCUGCUAUGUAUUUCUGGGAGGGGCAGUUCUGACCGUUGUGUUGUUCAUUUGGCCUUCUGUUUCUAAGUCCUGGUCACUUAUUUUACGAUUGUGAAAAGUGUUUUGACAGGAUAUCCUUUUGCUUUA